UUCUCCCCGAAGAUAUCAAACAAUGGAUCAAAAAUUACUGCUGCUGUGUAUCUUAUGCUGUAUGUUGUUCAGCGAAGAGAACAGUCAGGGAAGUGUAUAUGGCAAGACCUCUUCAACAACGGAGGCCCCGGAUGAGAUGUGUGACUGCGACUGUGAGUACAUGGACAAGAUCGAAUCCUUCAACAAUGCUUCUAACCCCUACAUCAACAAGACUCAAGAACAGCUGCUGGUGAUGCUGGAGAAAGAGUUAAAUCAAAUGAAGACUUUGCUUCAGGUCCAGAAAAAGGAAAUCCCUGCGGUCAAGGCCCGUAAAAUCAGCGCUACAGACGUCAGGCCUUCCGCUAAAAACGUGGGGAUGAUAGGAGUGGCUUUCAUGGCGUUUGUGUUCGGGGGGAUCGUGGUACUAGACCUCAUUUCCCUCCCACAAUACCUUAGAAACCUCAAACGGAACCUGUGUUAGAGGAUCACUCUUUCAUCUUUGCUCUGGAAAAGAGGUCAACUUUUUUUCCGAUUUGAUGCACGUUCACUCUGUUUUUAUCAAUAGACCUUUGACAUAAUUCAGAUAUUGAGUCAAGGAUGUCAUUUUCAAAAUUAAAAGGUUCAAGGUCCCUUUUUUACCAUUAUUAUUAAUUGUAUCCAUUUGAAUAAAAAAUUUUGAUUCCAUUUUAAACAGUGUGUAAAUAUUUUCAAGUCCUGUAAUGCUCUUUAUGGAGAGGACGCUUCUUUGCAAAUUUGUAAUGAAAGAAAGAAUACUAAUAUAUCAUGUAUGGAUGCUUUAUCUCUUGUGUAUGCACUUGUGAAAACAACUUUUUCUUUUUGCACAAUAAAUUGUACUCUUGUUGUUAUGAUAAAAUGAUGUCAGAUUUAAUUAAGGAGGAAUAACACAAUCGACUUCAUGUUUUUUUUUUUACUUGAGCAGUACCAAUCAAUAACCAGAAACUUUAGAAUUGCGUAUGUCACCCCAAACUGACCAAGAUAGU